AUGAAAUAUACAAAUUGGUGGAUUAUCUAUUAUAUCAUUUAUUUUUUGUUAUUAAAUUAUUUUUGUGAAAAUAAAUCAUUAAUUGACAGAGUAACAACAAAAGGAGAUUUAGAUAUUGUUUUAUUACUCGACACAGGAAAUGAUAAAAAUGGAGAUAAAAAUAAUUCCGAACGUUUUAGAGGAAUUCUUAAUAACAUAAUUGAAUUGUCUAAUAAAUUAUUAGUUAAAAAUGAAAAUCGAAAUGUUAAAAUCAGUUUCAUAACAUAUGGAAAUUUAUAUGUACAAACAAAAGGAAUAGUAACCAAUAAUCAACAUAACAAUGAAUUUGGAGAUAAAGGUGUAAACAUACCAAAUGAGCUUAUACAAAGUGGGUCUAUUGGCAAUACGAAUAUGUUUUCUGUACAUGCUAAUACAGUUUUUAAAAAUCCAACCCUAAAUCUAGAACAAUUUAUAAAAGUUGUAUUAAAAACAAAAAUAGACGAAUCAAAUGAUAAUAUAAUUGAGUCAAACCAUUUAAAAGCAUUAAAUUAUGUAGGGUUAAAACAUUUUUAUAAUUCGAAUAUAAAUACGACAAAACUUAUUAUCAUGUUUAUUAACACAGAUGGUAAUAAAAUUGGUGAAAAAACCGAUUUAGAUAUAAUUAAUAAUUUAUUUGAUAAAAAAAAAAUAACAUUAAAUAUUAUUACAAAAAUACAAUAUUUAUCUUAUUGCCAUUAUAUUAACAAUUUAGGACCCAAUACAAAUGAACUAUUAAGAUGCAUAGCCAAAAAUUCAUAUUAUAAUAAUCAUAUUUUAACAAAUAUUUUGAUAAAACUAUAUAAAGAUAUUCCUGUAGAUGCAAUUUGUAAUGAUUGGGAUGAUUGGACAGCAUGUACAACUACAUGUGAUAUUGGAUUCAGUUAUAGACAAAGAACAAUGUUAACUAAUAUUAAGAAUCCAAUAAAUGGGUUCUAUAAAAGAAAAGGAAAAAAUUGUUCUCAAAAAAAUAAUUUUAUAAUGAAUGAAUGUUUUUAUAAAAGUUGUGAUAACUCAUUAGACAUAUGUGACCAAGAAAUGGAUAUAUCAUUACUUGUUGAUGAUUCAUCAAUUGUUUAUUCACAAAGUAUAUGGUUGAAAUAUUUUAUAACUCCAAUUCGAAAAAUGAUUUCCCAAUUUAAUAUUAGUAAUAAUUUAGUUAAUAUUUCAAUUUCAUCAUUUUCCAAUCAAGUAUAUAAUUGGUUUGAUUUUUCAUCACCUUUAUCAUCAAAUCGAAAUAAAUUAUUAACAUUUUUAACAAAUUGGAGAUAUAAUUUAGGUGGUUCUACUAAGGAUAUUAUUAGUGCUUUAAAUUUUAUAAAUAAUAAUGUAUUAAAUUCUAAUAAAAAUAGACAAAAUGUAAAAAAAAUUCUUAUAAUUAUAAAUACUGGUGAUAUUCAUGAUAAUAAUUAUAAUGAAAUAAUUAAGAAAAUAAGUCAUAAUUAUAAUUUAGAUAUUUAUUCUAUUUGCCUUAAAAAUAAAAAUCUACAAAAUUGUUCGGCUUUAAGUAUUGAUAGUAAUUAUAUUUUGGGGAAUAAUAAAAAAAAAUUUUUUUAUUCAUUUGAAGAAAUGGGGGGUUUUAAUGAUAAUAUUAAUUUAAUACAAAAAAACAUUUGUUUUAACUCAAGUUAUAAUCAGAAUGAUAUUUCCAAGAAAAAAGAAAUUCCUUUAGAAGAAAAUAAAGUCAAAAAGGUCGACAAAAUGAACGAAAAUAAGCAUGAUUCAAUAAAAUCAAAAUAUAUUCCAUUUAAAGAAAAUAUUAUAAAUAAAAAAUUAAAAAAUAAUGUAAUUUUAAAAUCAGUAAACAAUUUAGAUGAAAUAAAUAAUGAUGAUCAAUUAGACAUUCCACUAAAAAAAUAUAAAUCUGAUUCUUUUAUUAGCAAUGCAGGUAAAAAUGAUAAUAAUAAAAAUCCAAUACAUUCAGUUAUUAAAAGAUUAUUAAACAUAUUAUGUCGUCAAAAAAAAAAAUAUUCUAUACAAAAAAUUAAUUCAAAAGAUAAAAAUAAGCUAACUUCAUUUAUCAAAAAUUUAAAACAUUAUUUAAGUAAUAAUAAUGAUAAUGAAAGUAAUCCAAAUAUGUUUGAAAAAGUUGAAAGCGAUUUUAACAACCUUCUUGUUGAACUUUUUCAUAAAUCACCUAAUAGUACAAAUAACGAUUUAAAUGAUAAGAUCGAAUAUUUUAGUGGUUCUACACAUAAUAUAAAUUAUCAACCAACUUUGAAUGAUGAUUCUAUAUCAUCAUAUUCACAUCUAUUUGAUAAUAUCGAUACAGACCCUUAUUGGAAUUCAGAAAUAAAUUUACAAAGUAAAUCCCAUCUUAUUGAUAAUGAUGAGUUAGACAAAAUGAACAAAUCAGAAAAUCUGAUCGUUCCUUCGAUCUCUAAUCCAAUUAAUAAUUUUACUGACAAUAACAUUCAUAUAAAUCCUGAAUUUCCAGAUGAUCCUAAAAAAGAACCCGUAAAUAGCGAAAUAUUAGAAUCAGGAGAAAGUGAAGAUAUAGAUAAGAAUAUUUUGCCAUCCCCCAAAAAAUCAAAAUAUGGAAUAAAAAAAAACAAAAAAAAUAUUUCUAAAUAUGAUAUAAUUAAUAAAUUCAGAAAUAAAGAAAUUAUGAAAAUAGAUUUUGUAUCACUUGAUCUAAAUAAAGACAAUGAAAUUGAAAAAUUGGAAAAAAAUAAUAAAAAUGUGGAUGACAAAAAGGAUAUAGAUUAUAAGCCAAAUAUUUCAAACAGCACUAAUACAAAUUAUGAACAAAAAAUACCCGAAAAAAUAAUAAGUUUAGAGGAUAUUGCAAAAAUGAAUAAUCAAUUUAUAGAAAACGAAAAUCGAAUCAUAGAAAAUAAAGAGAUAAGCCUAAGUGAACUAAAAAAUAAAGAUGAUGAUUGGAAAACCAAACAUUUAGAAUGGGAAAUAGAUAUGAGCACAGUGCAUAGAAAUAAUAAAGGUAUUGAAUCAUAUAUAGAUCAUAAUAAUAAUAAUGGGGAUGAUCAAAAAAAACAUUAUCAUUAUGUUUAUAAGUAUGCUGCUUCAUUUUUCGUAGCUACAUUUUUAUUAUUAGGAGCAUCUGCAUUUUAUGCUAUACAUAAAAACAAACAAAUAAUUCCAACUAGCGUUAUCCCGGAAGAAUUCAUGAUAUCUGAAUCCCAAAAAACUGAAAAUUAUAAAGAUCAAAAUAUAGUCAUAGAUUAUAAUGACAAUUCUCCAUGGAAAUGA